CUGGAAUUUAUAGAGGUGAGUCGUAGAAUCUUUUUUAAAUAGUCAUGGCAUUGCAGGCAUUCCCUCGAAAAACCAGUUAAUGGACUCAAUUCUUGUCGGAAUGCGCCAUAGUUGGUGGCGGUAUAGAUGGCGGGCUCGUGUAGCGCAAAAUGUUCUUGGUAUGGGUCACGGGCAGCUCUCAUCCGACUAAAAGUGUUUAAACGAGCAUUCAUGUCCCGCUUCCCCGACUGGACAUACYAAAAUCGUUAAAAAUCACGGCCUGCGCGGAAGAAUUAUCUCCGUUGAUUCACAAGCCGGUUCAUUUGCUCCCACAAAAAAAUCUAAAUCGUCCGAUGRCAAACAAAAAGAUUGACGCGCAGACGAAUUCAGAUGAUCCAUUGCUUAGAAAACUCGAUACAGUUCUAUCGAUCUUCCCGUUUUUCCAUAAUUUUUCGAUGAGUAAAGACGCUGAAAAAAUCAUGGGGGAAGUGGACUUCGAGAUGAGCUCGCAAGCUAAGUAUUGGAUGUUCGACGAAGACUCUCUUCUCGAAUGUAGAAAGCGUGCAUGUARUAACACAGCAUCUAAGUCAAGCACAAGCAACGGGAAACCAAGAGUGCGUAAAUUCGCUUGCGGAUACAAUGGAAGAAAAACGACAACAACAGCAUCAGAAGCAACGGCCAAAACAAACGAAAGUGACCAUGCUACUAUGUUUGAUCUACCAAGAAACAUGACUCCAAAAGAUCAAGAGACCCUGAUUCAUUUUCACGCUCAUCAAAUUCAAAAACUCGUCGGGCCGAAUGCUAUUUUCCCUCUAUUGAAAAGAGGAUCUUCCGUAUUAUCUACCGCAAUCAUGCUUUUCCGAAAAUUCUUUCUAUCAAACUCUGUCGUCGACUUYCAUCCUCGCAAUAUCGCAGCAGCUAGUGCUCUACUGGCUGUAAAGACAGAUUGCGAACGAAACCUACCGGUAAGUCCAACAAAAGAGGUACUACCAUACCUUGGUAGUCCCAGACUUGAUUCAAUUUUUUCCGCAUCGGAAGGGAACGUCUUUGAAUUUUGGGGCGAAUCGCGCAUCGCGCGAGAUUAAUCUUAAUUUUAGGCUGACACCCGCGGAAUGCGCMCUAAGUAACCAUGAUUUUAAUCGGCAUACACGAAUACAACCGAAAGCGCGCGAGUCAWUCUACUCAUUUUUUUGGUAUCCUCGCCAGCACUCACACAUGUUUCAUGUUCUUUCUCCGCCAAUUUUUAACAGAUUGACGUCUUAUCGCACGCGACAUUCGUCGUUGAGAUGAGAGCACAGAAUGAUCCUCUUUCGAUGGACGAAUUGAGAGGUGUUACUAUCGAAGAGAUUGAGGCGGCAGAGAGGAUACUUCUCGAGGGAUGCGACUACAGGCUUCGUAGUCAUCAUCCGUAUGGUGCUAUCAAAGUACUUGCUUCAGAUGUUGUAUCCYAUUUCAUGAAGCCACCAGAACGAACCAAUGACACCGCAUACCACUCUUCRUGUUCUGUAGAUGAUACUAUGGGAAGGGGGAGUGUGUACACAUCUCCUCGCAGUAUUGUAUGUGGGUAYCCAUCGUACACUAGCUACUACAACGACGACCACAUUGGUCUCGAUACACUUUGUGAAAGGGCACUAUCCAUUGCACAGUCUGCACUGGUCUACUCAGAUAUCAAUUUCCUCUUCAAACCAGGUCAAAUUGCGUUUGCUGCCGUAGCAUUGGCACUUGAUAGUCACGCCUACAACUACGACGACGAAUCACCUACUAGCAAUCGUUUGGGAACGAAGAUGCGAGAAUAUAUGUUUGCACGAUUUUCUCAGAAGAGUGAGGAUGAGAUAUCGGAAUACGAAGAAGAAGUAAGCAAAAUUAUUUCCACUCUCGAAAACUGCUCUGCAAUUGACCUGGAAAUGUUUUCCCCUUUUUGGCAGUUCCACCAACGCCGCUACGCCAAGACUGCAGAGAGGGAGGCAAUCAAAACCCGCAAGGCUAUUUUUACCGCAUCCCGGCUACGAGUUGUCUCGAAAUCUACAUUUAGAGCACCUGUAGCCUCAUCACUUAGGGCACGUCCAUCGUCCCCUCCGCCUUUUGGAUACCGUCACCACGAACACUAUCCUACUACUAGCAGCCGUGCCCAUCAUUAUCAGCAUCUACGCUACAGUCAACCGUAUUAUGACUUCGAUGGAUGUCAACGAAAGCGUGGGCGUGAAGAAGAAUGCGARUGGACGCCWGAGCACCAGCAUCACAAUCAUCCUUCGUACCACCACAGCAAGAUCGCUCGUGUCACCCCAAUCAAUACUCCUUUUAUGUAGUAUGGGAUGAGCUCGCUAAUUAUUGCCGGAUAUGGUACAAAAAGACAGAACAAAAAAGAGAUUAUUGGAGGUAAUUGAACACAACUUACCUUAUAACUCCACCAGACACUAUGGGAUUGCGUCUGGAAAGUAUCUCGAUCCAUGAUUUGGUAUAGGGAACCGAAUCAAAAGAGACAAUUUUGUUCUUAAAAAAAUUGACAACAUUAUAUUGAAAUAAUAGAAAAUAACGUACACU